UUCCAGGAUAUCAAAGAUGAGUAAUACCGAUGCUCAUCGUGAAGGAAGAGAUGAUGUCGUCCAGGUCGUUGUUGAAGGAGAUCAUAUGGAAGGUGUCGUCGGAGGUGAUGGAGGAGGGAUCCAAGCUAACGAAGACGGUGAAGCUGAAGCUGCAAUGAAAGCGUGUUCGUGUAAAACUUUUCCUGAAGGCAUUCUCAGACGCGUCGAAUCUGGAUUUGCAUCACUGUUCUAUCACCCGGAAGUCCUUUUUGUGUUCCAGUUCAUCUUCGGAGCUUUGGGUACUUACUUUUUUGUGAACCUCAAAAACUUUAAUCCUCUGCUAUUAUCCGUGUAUGCAAUCGGUUUUGUUUUGUUUCUCCUCAAUGCUAUUUGCGAGUUUGGAGGACUUUACAUGGAAAUGAGGAUUGAGUAUGGUGAGCGGGUUCGUUUAUAUAGAAUGACUUUCAAACUUUUGAAAUGCGUUGGAAACAUGGCCGUCCUUGGUGGGUUUGUAGUCAUUGGUAACAUGAUCGAGAUCACAGAGAGUAGUUUAGGAUUGUUUGCCAUUGGGGAAUCUCUCUCGUUCUAUCUAUUACUCGUCUCAUUUUUCAAGUUCAUUGGCGUGGAAGAUCUGUUUGGCUGCGCAGAUGGUGUGAUGACGGCAACAUAUGUUGUAUGGAUAAACAACCAUAAGAAUGUACUAAAAGAUCUUUCUCUUGCGCAAGAAAUUUCGUCUUGGGUUGGCUUUGUUGUUAUCACUGUACUGUUUACACUGUACAAAAUCACUCCAAUAUGGUUUAGAUGUUUGGAUGUUUCAUCUGGUGGAAGAGGUAAUGGAGAACGUGUUGUUGGAGCAGGAAACAGAGGAGGGAUCCAAGUUAAUGAAGAAGCUGAUGCCGCUAUGAAAGCGUGUAAGUGCACUAAUUUUCCGGAAUGCUUCCUGAGAUGUAUUGAAUCUGGUUUUGCUUCAAUGUUCUUUCACCCUGAAAUGCUAGUUCUCUUCCAGUUCAUCUUCGGGGAUUUGGAUACCUUUUUUCUUCUGAAACUGAAAAGCACUAAUUAUCUGGUGAUUGCCGCGGUCGUGAUUAGUGCUAUUUUGUUUGUUCUCAAUUUUGCUUGCGGGAUUGGACGUGUCUACGUCAAAAUGAGGACUCAGUAUAGUGAGCGAUACAGAAUGACUCUGAAACUCUUCAAAUGCGUUGGAAACAUGGCCGUCCUUGGUGGGUUUGUAUUCAUUGGUAAUAUGAUCGAGAUCACAGAGAGUAGUCUAGGAUGGUUUGCCAUUGGGAUUUCUCUCUCGUUGUAUCUAUUUCUCGUCUCCCUUUCCAAGUUCAUUGGCGUGGAAGAUCUGUUUGGCUGCGGAGAUGCUGUGAUGGCAGCAACUGCUAUGCUGGUGGAAGAGGUAACGGAGGUGGUGUUGUCGGAGGAGGAAACAGAGGAGGUGUCGGAGGAGAUGACCAAGUUGAUGGAAUAGAAAUGGAAGAAAUUCCAUUGUUGCACUGUGCCUGAAUGUUGUUGCUAGUGCUGAUGUAACAGGAACGGUUGAAGCGUAAUGUUAGACCGCCUAUUCAGGCAUGGAUGGACUGGCAUUCGAUUCUGCAUUCAACAGCAUCAGUUUCCCUUUUUUUGUUUUGCAUUUUCGUGUUUGUUGUUUUAAAAUAACAUUUCUCUCUGCUUUGUUUUGUUGUUUUGCUUUGUUUCAUGGAUUAGUGAUAUUUCCAGAUAAAUCGAAUUUCCUAGAAUGAUAUUAGUGGGUUCGUGGGUUAA